UACUAAUAAUAAGAGCUGGGGAAGCCUCAGCAGCGCACGGACUGACAAAGAGAGCCCCAGACGGCCUCUGCUAACUAUAAGGUGCUGCACUAGAUGAUGACAGCAGCGUUGUGAAUCUGCUUGAACUGUGUGAGUUUUGUCUGACAUUUCCUGCACAAGACACAAAUGUUUCGGGGAAUGGUCAGUGACAGAGACGCAGCACAAGACAAUCAGCGGCUGAGAGCUGCGCUGCUGCAGACGGGGAGGCGGCUACAGGUAGAAGGAGGUAGCAGCAGCUGUGCCUUACCAGCCCGUAUGAGUCUAGAAGAGUUUGCCCGCGCUGCCUAUGGGGGCAAGGUGUGUGCCAGUGACCAGGAGGGCAGCCUGCCUUCUCCUCUGUCCAGCAGAGAGGACGAGCUGGGGUCAGAUGGAGACUUUGUAGCCAACAGCCCAGCGCCUGUAUUAAGAGACUCUGAAAUGGACACUGAUAACGUCAGUCUGGAAGGAGAGGAGGAGGAAGAGGAGGCAGAAGAAGAAGUGGAAGAGAAAGUGAUAUACGAAAGAGAGGAUGAAGCAGAGGGGGGCUCAGGGUGCUUAACGCAAAGUCCAGAAGGGGUCAAAGCCAAGACAUACACCCGUCGCCCCAAGCCCCCCUAUUCCUACAUCGCACUAAUAGCUAUGGCAAUCAGAGACUCUGCCAGUGGUCGCCUGACUCUUGCAGAAAUCAAUGACUACCUGAUGAAGAAGUUCCCAUUUUUUAGAGGCAGCUACACUGGCUGGAGGAACUCGGUGAGGCACAACCUUUCUCUCAAUGACUGUUUUGUCAAAGUGCUCAGGGACCCCUCCAGACCCUGGGGGAAGGACAACUACUGGAUGCUCAACCCCAACAGCGAAUAUACCUUUGCAGAUGGGGUGUUUAGGCGUAGGAGGAAAAGAUUAAAUAGAAUCACCAAGUGCCUGAAAGAGCAAGAUCUACAUGGGCUUCAAGAACCACAGAACCACCCAUUGAUCCACUCAGCUACCCCAACUGCCACUCCAGCCUCAUCAUCUGCCAGACUGCACUUGACACCUUCAUCUCAGACUUGCUCUGCGUCAAACUCUUCAACCACCAGAAACCCAAAGGAGCCCAGCUCAGGAACCAAGUUCUCCAGCUCCUUUGCCAUAGACAGCAUCCUAAGCAGACCGUUCCAGAAGAGAGAGAAUUCAGAGGUAGAUCUCAGAUCAUCUACUGGAAGGAUCUUUUGGCCUGCAGGUGCAUUACCAUCUGCCCCUUCUUACCCCCUAAUGCCAUAUCCACCAGCCAAUGCACUGACUGCCCACAAUGCUCUCUACCCCCUUAGCUCCCUAUCUAGCAGCGCAGCCUCAUUGCACUUACAGCUGUACAGGUAUUGCAUGCCAGAGACUCUCUUAUUACUAAUGGAUUCAAAGAGGGAGGGGCAGCAGCUGUCAGCAGAUACAAGAGAGGACCAACAGCAGCCCCGUCGUGUUUUACCCCAACUUUUCUCACCCCACUGUUCUAGUAAAACUUUCUCAGAUCACCUGGGGAACCCUGAACUUGUGUGCACCAUGCGGACCCCAGGAGUUUACCAUCCCUUUCGGCCCGAGUCAUUGCUAGCAUGACAAUAAUAGGAGGGGCCUGGAAAGGUAUGUUAGUUGUAGCACACUGAUUUAAAUCUAAUUUUAUUAUCUAUUUAACUUCCACUAAGCUCAUAGCUAUGUUUUAAUGCCCCCUUUUGAAUGUGGGGGAUAAUUUGUAGCUAAUAGUUUGAUUACUGCCAGGCAACAUAACUAAAUCCACUCUAGAGUCCAUAAUAGCAAUACCCCCCCCCCCCCAUUGCAUAAUCACAAUUUAUCAUAAUUGUUUAACUCUUUAAUAUGUGCCUUGCUAAGGAAUCCUUGCUAUUAUUCAUAUUAGCAGCAUUUUCAGGUUAAUCUCAAUACAACAAAAUGUGUGAAUGUGAUUAUAACCCCCAAAUAUGUUGCUGCCCCACUGAUGAGGAAUGUAUCUUUUACCUGCACUUUCUGCUUCAAUUCCAAAAAUAUGUUCGUUAUAAAUGUAUUAUUGAAGCAAGAUGGUGAGAAACGUUGUGCCUUUAAAUCCCUUUUUAACUGUAAGGUUGUUAAUGUGGUAUAUAUUUUAAUCAGAUUACCUCGACAUCAGCCACACUAAUGGUUGUCAAUUAUUUAUUCAUUGGUCUGAUUUUUUUUUUCCAAUCAUUUUCAACCUCAUUCACUUUGUGAUUCUAAGGAUACCAAAUGUUAUGUUACUUGAAACUAACAAUCGUUUCAUGUUGCUUUGUGUGCCAGACAUGCUGUAUAUGUUUACAGGAUCCCAGAUCAUUUCUACUGUAAACUUGUGUCAUUUUGCCAAAACUGGCCAAAAACUAUUUUGUGUUUUAAAUUAUUUAAACUAUUUUUUACAGGAAAAUCUUUAAAUGACAAUUUACUAUUUGUGGUAAAAAGAGCAUAAGAAAUAUUUGUAACACAAUUUAGCUGGCAUAGAGAUGUAUUAUUAUAUUUGUAACACUGAAUUUUUUUUUUUUAUUUUUUUUUUUAAAAAGAAGCUUAAGCACUGCCAAUGUUGUGCUGGGGAUUUUUUUUUGUAUUUGUGUUUUUAAUAUGUUUGUAUUUUAUUGAAACCAUAAAGCUUAUUUUCAAAUAAAAAUAAAAAAUAAUUAAAAAAAAUAAA